GGUCACGUGGGGCGCGAGCAGUCCCGCCGGCAGCGGCCGCCCCCUGCCUGGCACGUGGUGCGCGCGCGACCCCCCCACGGAGACGUGGGGAGAGGAAGAGGAAGGAGGAGGAAGAAAAGAAGGAAGGAGAGGAGGAGGAAUAGGAAGGGAGGGAGACACAGCACUGCGCAGCCGGCCCGGUCCUCGCCGCCGCCCCACCAUGAUCAAAGCCAUCCUCAUCUUCAACAACCACGGCAAGCCGCGGCUCUCCAAGUUCUACCAGCGCUAUUGUGCAGCUAACAAUUAAAUUCACAGAUGAAAGACUUUGGAAAGAGUGAAGAUACACAGCAACAAAUCAUCAGAGAAACUUUCCAUUUAGUAUCGAAACGUGAUGAAAAUGUCUGUAAUUUUCUAGAAGGAGGACUAUUAAUAGGUGGAUCUGAUAACAAACUAAUUUAUCGACACUAUGCCACCUUGUACUUUGUCUUCUGUGUGGAUUCUUCAGAAAGUGAGCUGGGUAUUUUAGACCUCAUACAAGUAUUUGUGGAAACACUAGACAAAUGUUUUGAAAAUGUCUGUGAACUGGAUUUAAUUUUCCAUGUAGACAAGGUCCAUAAUAUAUUGGCCGAAAUGGUCAUGGGUGGAAUGGUUUUGGAGACCAACAUGAAUGAAAUUGUCACUCAGAUUGAUGCUCAAAAUAAACUGGAAAAAUCUGAGGCUGGUUUAGCAGGAGCUCCAGCCCGGGCUGUUUCAGCUGUAAAGAAUAUGAAUCUGCCAGAGAUCCCAAGAAAUAUUAAUAUCGGUGACAUCAGUAUAAAAGUACCAAACCUGCCCACUUUUAAAUAACAUGACUAUUCCAGGUAAUACCAAGGAAGAAAUGUAAUAGAGAUUUACCGCAUAAUUGUUUACUAAUAAACAUGUCUAACUUUUACUAUUUGGAUAAAACUCAAGGUACUGCAUAGAUAUAAUCUGAAAAAUCAGUGUGUGGAGUUGAAUGUUGCUUUUGUCUUGUUUGUAAAAUUAAAGGAAAGGGGUAGGUCUCGUGAUUUCUAAAUUACAUUCCUAUGCCCUUUUAAGGCAUAUCACUGUGUCUCAGCUGCUGCAGUAUUUUGGGGAAGUAUUCAAGAUGUUCUUUACUUUGUAUAACCUAUAAUAUGGAGGUUUUUUUGUAUAUUCACCAAGGUCUAUAAUUAGUGCAUUCUUUAACUACUUCUGUUUGUCAUGAUUAUUUAAGACUUAAGUGCAAAUGUUGCAUGAAAACAUUAAACUCAUGUUUUGUUUAAAUAAAAUCAUAACAAACUGGACUUCUAAAUUCCUAUUUGUCUGAAGUCUACUGUUUGCAAUAAAACACAUAUUUCCUUUUCAUGGAGCCAAUUGACUAUAUAUAAAUACUGUUGUAGCAGGCAUUAAUGUUGUAGUUUAUCUCUGAAGGGCUUACACAGGGGUAUUGUGUUGAACAUAUUGGCUCUUUACAUUUCUCACAAAAGCUGUUUGUUAUUAUUCUGAAGGAAGAAACUGCCUUUACUGAAGAUCUAAUUACUUCUGUUUACAUAUAGAUGUUGAUACUUACACAAUCUGAUAGACUUUCCCUGAUGGUCUCACUUUGUUUUGGGAAAAAGGGCCUCUGUGGUUGCUCUGUGUGUUGUGAGAAGCACAGAAUGGGCUGAAGAGAUUGGGCAGCUCAGACCUGUAAAUGUGAGUCUCUCAAAUAAUGGGAUAAGGAAAGGCACUUUGGAAAGAUAAAUGGGGAUACUUCAUUAGGGCUUCUGUGCCUGGUGACCUUUGUGAUUCUCUACUUUGAGAAUUAGAUUUAUGAGAUACAUAGUAUUGUUAAGACCUCAGAGAAAUCUAAGUGCUAUCACCUCUGUGUAAGUUGCUCAGCUCUUAAACUCUUCUGUGAUUUAAAAAACAUAAAGGGGGAUAGUGAUUGUUUUUUAUAAUCAUGCUCUUAAGCUCUGUGUGAUGUACAAGUCUGUUUAAAAUAAUAAUAAAAGUAUCAUUGGGAUAUUUAA